GAUAUCUUUUCAGUGUUCGACAACACUUUAUCAAGUAUAAAUCGAGCGUUUAUCGAUACGAUUUCAGUACUAUCUCUAGCGUUGAGCGAAAACAAAGUUACAGUGAAUUCAGUGAUACGAGAGCAUUAGUAUACUAAUAAUAAUAAAAUGAAUUCAAACGAAGUGAACGAAAACCAGGAACAAAUCUAUGACCCUAAGGGUUUGGGUAGGCCACCACCAUACUCAGAGUUUGCAACGCCUCCACCUCCAGUGGUCCAGCCAGUACCCGUCGUCGUGCCAGCAGCCGUUCCAGUGAUAGUCCAACAACCACAAGUUACGCCAACCCCGAUCUCAGUCUCAGUGCCUGACAACGUUGGACCUGAGGCAGUGUCUAUGAUUUGCAAAUUCUGCAACAAGCAGAUCUAUACAAGAGUUGAAUACAAACCAACUGCUAACACUUAUUUGAUUUCUGGACUAUGUUGCUUGAUGCUAUGCUGGCCAUGUGCGUGCUGCAUUUACUGCUCAGCAAACUGUCGGAACAUAGACCACUAUUGUCCAAACUGCGACACAUACAUCGGCACCUACACCCAUUAGCACUUCAAAAACGAUAAAGGGAUCCUUUAUCGGAUGUAUUUUGAAGAAAAUAUUUGGUUUUGGUAAUCAAAUCGUAAGAACAGGGCAAUAUCGCUCGGGUACUUACAAAUGAUUUGAUUGGAUGGUGAUCAAACAAUAAUUCCACCGUCAUCGAUAGGGAAUCGAUAAUUAUUUUAAUCGAUAAAGAUGUGUUACUAUCGAGUACAACUGUGAUAAAUAAAGAAUGAGUG